AUGGCCAAACGAUUCAAGCAGAAAAACACAAGAGCAGGUGGCAAGGGUCUUCAGUCUGCUCUGGCAAGGCAUACGGCGUCAACGGCUAAGGCUAAGGCCGUCAAGACAGCUGAAGAGCACUCUAAAACGGUGGCCGAGAAGAUCAACAGCAAGUCGAAGCAACAUCAUAAGCCUCAAAACUUUGACUAUAUACCGUUUUCACCAGAGGAUAAAGUGAUGCUUAUUGGUGAAGGCGAUUUUUCAUUUGCUUUGAGCGUCGUCACCAAGGGAUAUGUAAAACCUGAAAAUCUGAUGGCUACCUCAUACGAUUCUCUAGAAAGUGUCAAAGCCAAAUACCCAACGGAAGGUGAAGCAAACGUGUUAAAGCUCGAGGAACUUGGAGUCAAGGUAUUUCACGAGAUCGAUGCUCAAAAUCUAAUACAAUCCUUCAAACUGGUCAAGAACUUUGCAAAGAACAAAAACAAGAACAGAGAGCUUCUCGGUGGAAUUGACCAGUUCGACCUGAUUCUCUUCAACUUCCCACACUCUGGAAGGGGAAUCAAAGACAUGCAGAGGAAUAUCAAAUAUCAUCAAGAAUUACUGGUGAACUUUUUCAGGUCAUGUGGUGACUUCUUCAAGUUGUUGGACUCCAACAGAGCGAUGCUAGCUCAACGGUGUACCACCUCAUUUGGAGAAGACUCAAUUGGGGGUUAUGCAAUUGGACUCAAGAAAAACCAGAGAAUUCCAAACAAAAUUGGAGUCACUUUGUUCAAUGGAGAGCCUUACGAUUCGUGGAACACGAAACGCUUAGCGCGCGAAACCAUCAACUACAAGGUACAUCGCAGUGGAGCCUUUUUAUGGCGUCUGUUUCCUGGGUACAACCAUAGAAGAACCAACAGUAUGAAGGAGACUACCAAACCUGCAGCUGAAAGGGAGGCGAGAAUAUAUGUUUUUGAGCAGUACGUGGAGCCAGAGAACAAGAAGCAGAAGGAUAGUGAUGAUGAUGAGUAG